GGAAGGAAUCCAGAGGAAGUUGUAAAGCGAGCAAGGGAGGAAACUGGGGAAGCAGAGAGCGGCGACGCCGGAAGAAUCGAUGAUGUCUGGAAGAAGGAGAAGCGGAAAAAGGACGCCGGAGCCCCCGGAACGGAGGGGGUGGUCCGUUUGGGUACGAUGGAAUUCACGAAUUCCCGUGAGAUGUUUCAAACUGUCAAAGGGUGGAUGACCGGUAGUUAUCUAAAUUUCCCCGUCGUCAAUAGGAUCGUGCCGAGCUUGCUGGACUUGGUGAAGAAGGGUCAUCCCGAGCCACAUAAAAUGAUUGGUUGUGGGGUCGAUUCAUUUCGAGUCCGAAAUGACACGAUGUGCAGCCACUUCCGCACCUUCUUUAUCGUUAGGAAAGAUGAUUCGACCGCAGAUUUCUGCUUCAGGACCUGUGUAAACAACAUCCUUCCAUUACCCGAGAAUUUGAAAGAUCAAGGUGGUGGUGUUGUUGCUAAGCAUGCCCACCUGAUGUUACUGGAUUUAUUGAAAAAGGGUGAUCCAGAGUCGGAAAAAAAGAUUGGUUCUUCUGGCGUCGAAUCAUUUCAAGUUCGAAUCCAUCCAGCAUACGAUAGUGAUCUGCGAAGCUUCUACUUUGUUAGGGGAGAUGGUUCUAUGGAGGAUUUCUGCUUCAUCAAAUGUGUUGAUCAUAUCUUUCCCUUGACAGAGAAAUUUAAAGAACAAUGCGUUGGUCCUUGUAGCUGUCAUCAUGAAGAAGAUGGGGAAGGUGGUGUCACCUUGGGUUGGCUGAAAUUUCAGAGUUCCACACAAAUGUUUUCAUAUUUCGGAAGUUUGAAUCAAUUUUGUCCAUAUGAAUCUCCUAUCACCGACCCGGUUAGUCAAACGGUAGUGUUGGCUUUGCUGAAGAAGGGCGAUCCAGAGUGGGAGAAGAAGGUUGGUUCGGGAGGGGGUCUCCAAUCAGUACGAAUUCAGAUGCCCACAGUGGGGAGCUAUCCGGCCUACUUCGUUGUUAGGAACGAUGGUUCUAUGGUGCCUUUCUGCUUCUGGACAUGCAUUGACAAUCUCAUUCCUUUGCCAAAGGACUAUAAAAACCGAUGUGCUGGUGCUGGUGCUGGUCUUAAAAGUUUCCAGAUGAGCUAUACGUGGGGCUAG